GGGGUUGUUCUUCCCCGAGCGGGAAUCCGGCAGGACGGGAUGCAGGAAAUGGAAGUGAUAACUCUGAGGAAAAUCAUUGUGAAGUCUAGAUUAAGGAGUUUUCAUCCAGGGAUAAAAGGCUUCCUGUCCCUCUUACCACAGUAUGCCUUGCUAGCGGACUUGGAAUCCACCACCUCCCACAUCUCCAAACGGCCUGUGUUCUUGUCCGAGGAGCCCCCCUACUCCUACCCAACUGGAAACCACACCUACCAAGAGAUUGCUGUGCCGCCCCCUGUCCCUCCACCCCCGUCCAGCGAGGCCCUCAACGGUGCAGUCCUUGACCCCUUAGAACAGUGGCAGCCCAGCGGCUCCCGAUUCAUCCACCAGCAGCCACCUUCCCCAUCACCUGUGUACGGUUCCAGUGCCAAAACUUCCGGUGCCUCCAACCCCCAGGACAGCCUUGGCUCCCCGUGCUCCCGAGCAGGUGAAGAGGAACACGUCUACAGCUUCCCCAACAAGCAGAAAUCAGCUGAGCCUUCGCCCACUGUGAUGAGCUCCUCUCUGGGCAGCAACCUUUCGGAACUUGAUCGCUUGCUGCUGGAACUGAAUGCCGUGCAGCAUAACCCUCCAGGCUUCCCUGCAGAUGAGACCAACUCCAGCCCCGCAUUGCCUGGGGCUCUGAGCUCCCACUACGGCAUUCCAGAAAAUAACAGUCCUCUGGGGGGCAAAGCUGUGCCCAUGGCGAAGGAGGAACCCAAGCGGAGCGGGGGCCGGGGCCUGGAGGACGUGCGGCCCAGCGUGGAGAGCCUCUUGGAUGAGCUGGAGAGCUCCGUGCCCAGCCCUGUCCCCGCCAUCACCGUGAGCCAGGGGGAGAUGAGCAGCCCACAGCGUGUCACGUCCAGCCAGCAGCAGACGCGCAUCUCUGCUUCCUCCGCCACCCGGGAACUGGAUGAGCUGAUGGCCUCACUGUCGGAUUUCAAGAAGGAUGGGGCAAGGACACAGCCCAGGAAGCUGGGGAGCAGCUGUCCCACCGCCGUGGACAAGGAGCAGUUGGGUAGAGAGGUACCUGAGCUGGCCCCUGCACCUGAGGCCCCAAGGGGCCCAGAAGGCACCGCUGGAGCAGCUUCGGAGGCCAGGAAGGAGCAGCCAGAGCGUCCACGCGCCAUGGUCACAGACACACCCAACGCCAUGGAGAGGAUUUCCACCUCCAGCCAGAUCCGUUCUGUGAUCAGAAGGAGCCGAGACACAGGCCAUGCACACCCCAUGUCCCGGGAGCCUUCCCCUCGCCGCCGGCUGGACCCUGCAACCCUGAGCAGGACUCCAUCUCAGGAGCGUCUCAUCGCAGAGCUGCAGGGUCGGCUGGGCAUCCAGCCGGAGGCAGAGGAGGCGGCAGGGGCAGCUGGGGCUCCCACCCAGGACUGGCUGACUGAGGGCGUCGUCAUCACUGUGCAGCCACGCGGGAGGCAGGCUGGGGGGCAGCUCGUAGAGAAGGUGGUCUUCCCUCCUGGCUCUCCCACCCCCCUGAGAAGAAUCACCUCUGCCCUGGCUCCUCCUCCUGUCCCUUUGCUCCAGCAUCAGCAGGAUGCCUCGGCCAGCAGCUCUUCUCCCCUGCCCACACCUUUCCCCGCAGGGCCUUCGUCUUGCACCCCUCCUUCUCCUGGAGUCCAGAGCGCAAGGGGAGAGCCUCGGGGUGAUGUGCAGGGCCCCCGCUCCCCUACUCCUGCCCCUGCCAGUGUGAUGUCCGUGGGCUGCCAGACUGAUGAGGACCCGCUCUUCCCCCCGAUGCAGAUCCACGGCCUGGAGCAAAGAGUGGAUGCAGAGCUGAGCUGGGCGGCCGGUUGGCCUCCACACAGCAGGCAGAGCAGUCCGGAAGGGCAAGACGAGGGAGGGUUCAUGGCCCAGGGAAAGACGGGGAGCAGCUCACCCCCUGGAGGGCCCCCAAAGCCUGGGAGCCAGCUGGACAGCAUGCUUGGGAGCCUGCAGUCCGACCUGAACAAGCUGGGUGUUGCCACAGUUGCCAAAGGGGUCUGCGGGGCCUGCAAGAAACCCAUCGCCGGGCAGGUCGUGACUGCCAUGGGGAAGACGUGGCACCCUGAGCACUUUGUGUGCACGCACUGCCAGGAGGAGAUUGGGUCCCGGAACUUCUUCGAGCGGGAUGGACAGCCUUACUGUGAAAGAGACUAUCACAACCUCUUCUCCCCACGCUGCUACUACUGCAACGGGCCUAUCCUGGAUAAAGUGGUGACGGCCCUUGACCGGACGUGGCACCCUGAGCAUUUCUUCUGUGCCCAGUGCGGAGCUUUCUUUGGUCCUGAAGGGUUCCACGAGAAGGACGGCAAGGCCUACUGCCGGAAGGAUUAUUUUGACAUGUUCGCACCCAAGUGUGGUGGCUGCGCCCGGGCCAUCCUGGAGAACUACAUCUCGGCCCUCAACACCCUGUGGCACCCCGAGUGCUUUGUGUGCCGGGAGUGCUUCACGCCGUUCGUCAAUGGCAGCUUCUUCGAGCAUGACGGGCAGCCAUACUGUGAGGUGCAUUACCACGAGCGGCGUGGUUCCCUGUGCUCCGGCUGCCAGAAGCCCAUCACGGGCCGCUGCAUCACCGCCAUGGCCAAGAAGUUCCACCCCGAGCACUUCGUCUGUGCCUUCUGCCUCAAGCAGCUCAAUAAGGGCACCUUCAAGGAGCAGAACGACAAGCCCUACUGCCAGAACUGUUUCCUUAAGCUCUUCUGCUAGGGUGCGUCUGCUGGCGUCUGCCCAGCCCAGCCUCCCCAACUACUACUGGGACCCAGAGACCUGGCCCCCGGGGGUGAAGGGACGUGUGUGUACACGGCUGAAACUGGAACACUCAUCCUCAGCCGGGGCAGGACGGGAGAGCCCCCAGGGCGCCCACCUGCUGGUUCUUGCCCCACUAGAACCUCGGCCUCCUUCCUCUUCCUGUGGAGCUCCCCACCCGUCAUCCCUUCCAGAGGGGUGGGGCUGGGGGCCCUGUCCACACCCUGCACCGUCCCCAUGGACUGGCCCAGCCAGACCAGGGCCCCACACUGGAGCCAUCUCUUACUUGUAUUUCAGCAGUGGAGGUGGGGGUCAGGCAGUGCCCUCUCUGUCCAUGUAUACCCCCACCCCCGCCUUCCAGCCUGGUGACCUUGCUGAGAGCAGUUGGGGGUUGCCAGGCUUCCCGCAGACAACGCCAGCAUCCAUCCAUCCGUCCAUCCAUCCCGGGGCUGGGGGGACGUGCCUGGGAGGCCAUGGCAGGCUCCCUGUGUUCUUGCUGCCUUGCCAGUGCCCCAGGCAGGGACGACUGCCCCCGCCUCCC